UCUCCACCGUCGCGCACCUUCUCUUGUGAAUGUAAACAAUGAAUGUCCGGAAGUGUUGAGCUGCCAAAUAACGUGUCACGUGCAGAGAAUGAACGUGUUUAAUAGACUUAGAUAGACAAAUAAAUGAUUUAUAGUCCAGCGUGAGGGCGUGAUUGUUGAAUAACUAUUAACAUGUCCUCCGGCAGGCGUCAUGUGGCUGCCGCGGAGGAGUGGCGGGUCGAAAGUGAAAGUGACGGCGGGGUGGAAGUUUUAUUGUCAUUGAGGAUGGUCUGUACCGGCGUCAGUUUACCUGCUGGACACGAUGCAGUGAGAGGUCAGUGGUUCUCCAGAUGGAUCCGGGUUCACUGUCUCUCUCUGUGCGCGCUGUGAUCGUGUGUCUGCUCGGGGCUGCGCGCUGCUCCUCCGCCGACAAAAGCAGUUGUUCUUGUUCAGAGAUCCCUGUACUGCCUCUGACGGAUCCUCCACCCGAGAACUGUUCUCGAAACACUUUUCGCUACACGUGUAUAGAUGGUUACUUGAGGAAAGCGGGAACAUCGAACCUCAUCAAAUGCAGUGGGAGUAACAGUGCUGCGAAGUGGACCACGGCCACGCUCCGCUGCAUACCCGACCCCCGGAGAACCACAACACGUCCACCAAAGAGCCCAGUAACAACAGCGUCUUUCACCAACCUUCAGAUGACUAAGAGCGGAAGCUUCUCAUCUACAGGGCUUCUGGAGAAAAACAGCCUCGAGCCAACGUCACUUAGUGUGCAGGUUGAUCACUCACAGGACAAAAGCAGUUGUUCUUGUUCAGAGAUCCCUGUACUGCCUCUGACGGAUCCUCCACCCGAGACCUGUUCUCGAGACUCUUUUCGCUACACGUGUAUAGAUGGUUACUUGAGGAAAGCGGGAACAUCGAACCUCAUCAAAUGCAGUGGGAGUAACAGUGCUGCGAAGUGGAACAAGCCCACGCUCCGAUGCAUACCCGACCCCCUGAGAACCACAACACGUCCACCAAAGAGCCCAGUAACAACAGCGUCUUUCACCAACCUUCAGAUGACUAAGAGCGGAAGCUUCUCAUCUAAAGGGCUUCUGGAGAAAAACAGCCUCGAGCCAACAUCACUUGGUGUGCAGGUUGAUCACUCACAGGACAAAAGCAGUUGUUCUUGUUCAGAGAUCCCUGUACUGCCUCUGACGGAUCCUCCACCCGAGACCUGUUCUCGAGACUCUUUUCGCUACACGUGUAUAGAUGGUUACUUGAGGAAAGCGGGAACAUCGAACCUCAUCAAAUGCAGUGGGAGUAACAGUGCUGCGAAGUGGAACAAGCCCACGCUCCGAUGCAUACCCGACCCCCUGAGAACCACAACACGUCCACCAAAGAGCCCAGUAACAACAGCGUCUUUCACCAACCUUCAGAUGACUAAGAGCGGAAGCUUCUCAUCUACAGGGCUUCUGGAGAAAAACAGCCUCGAGCCAACAUCACUUGGUGUGCAGGUUGAUCACUCACAGGCAACAGACCGGACGACACCAGCCUCGUCCAACCAGCCUCCCAAUAACAGGACGGAUAGUCCUCCCUUGUCCGGCCACACUGACCACAGACUUGGCACAACAACAACAGCGCUGAUUGUCUGCGCUUCACUGGUGAUCGUCUGCGCUUUAAUCGGAAUCAGCUACGUGUGUUAUAGAAGGAAGUCUCAAAGAAAUGACAGGCCGGCGACAGAUGAAGAAAAGAUACCCAUGAAUAAUGUUCCAGCUGAACCGGCGUCGUAGAGUUUGUCCCCUGUAACCUUCUGCUGUCACAGGAAGUCAAGAGUUUAAAGCUGCAAGUCAGCCUUUGUAAACCCCUGUUGUGAAUCUGCAUGAAAAGUUCAAGUUUCAAGAAGUUUGACACUUAGUGCGAGUUUUGACUUGUUUUUAUACCUGAAUCCGAUUGGACUAUUACAAUCCAAUCACAAAGCAGCGUCAAACUGUCCGAUCAGAGAACAGGUGGUUGAGCUGCCUGAAAUGUGGGCGUGCAGCGUCCAGGAAGGUAACUGACUGUGCUUUGUGAUUGGACUAUCUUUGUCCAAUCAGAUUCAGG